AUGGAUGAUGCCACUAAGGUCAUGUUGCUUAAGCAACACUGGACACCACCAGCAAAUUAUAACUUUCCCUUUUGUACUGUAACGAAAAAGGAAAUUCGAGAUACGGAUAUUGGUAACAGCAAAGACUGUCGUUUGACUGAAGUUGCUUUGGCUUACAUAGUGGAAGAUUUAUGCAAUAAAUUUAAUAUUGAUUUGAGGUGGUGUGUAGGAAUAGGUACAGUCAGCUGUUCUGUGAUGGCAUCUGAUACCAAAGGUGCUGUUCAUGAACUGUCAAAAAAAGCUACCAAUGCCAAACGAUGUCCUUGUAGUAACCAUAUUUUAAAUAACUCAUUAGCAAAAUCUUCAAAUGUUUCAUUUUCUCGGAAUGCUUCGGUAACAAUGAAAAAAGUUGUGGCUAUUGCCAAUGCUUCAGCCAAACGACACAAAGUAUUUCUAGAAGAGUUUGGAGGGAGAGACACGAUGGCCAUUUGCAAUUUCAGGGAGAUAACCUAA